CCAAAGCGGGCCGAUCGCGGAUUGCCGGUCGUGAGCCCCAUAAAGUCUCCGUUCCAGCAGCUUGUCCUGGGCCCACAGUCUCUCUUUUGUGCUUGGCCAGCACUCCCCUUUCGCCAUGAGCACCCCAACAUCAGUCUAUUCCCGCAAAGGCGACAAAACCGGCAUGUCUCACAUCACCAAGAUCGAAAGCAUCUCGCACUCUGAGCCAGUCGACCGCCAUGAGGACAGCGAGCCCACCCAGGACGGGCGCUCCCACCAACUCGUCGAUGAAGACGAAUCGCCCACCAACACCACCGCCGACCUUGCGGGCAGCAUCAGCAAAACCGUCUCGCGCAGCGAGAUGCCAGCUUGGUACCAGGACAACAUCUACAUCUUCACGGGCUACCGCCGUAUCUGCUACUCGUACAAAGCCUGUGCCCAGUCGUUGUUCUACAUCCACAAUGAAACCGGCAACGUCUAUUCGCACCUGAUCGGCGCCGUGCUCUUCCUGGCCCUCUUUGGAUACACCCUCUACCGAGCCAUCCCCGUCGUCGACACCGCAAAGUGGAGCGACGUUACGGUGCUGGUCAUCUUUAUCCUGAGCGCGAUCGGCUGUCUGGCGCUGUCGACAUUCUUCCACCUGUUCUGCUGCCACUCCGAGAAGGUCUCAGUGGCCUGGAACAAGGCCGACUAUGUGGGCAUCGUCUUUUUGAUUGUCGGAUCCUUCGUCCCUGCCCUUUACUAUGCAUUCUACUGCCAGACUACUUUCCAAGCUGUUUACAUUACCUCGAUGGUCGUCCUCGGAACUGGAACGAUCGUCAUCAGCGUCUCCAAGCACUUCAGCCGUCCCCAAUACCGACAAACCCGUGCUAUUCUGUUCACAUCGCUCGGUUUGUCGGGAAUCAUUCCUGUUCUGCACACGACGAUUGCCUCUGGGGCGCUGUUUGCGGAGCGCUCCAUGUCGCUCUCGUCGGUCAUUACUGAGGGCGUUCUCUACGUCGCUGGAGCUUUCAUCUACGCCUCGCGUGUUCCCGAGCGGUGGUUUCCCGGAAAGUUUGACUUUUGGUUCCAUUCGCAUCAAAUCUUCCAUAUCCUCGUUGUUUCCGCUGCUGUCGUGCAUUACCGCGGCAUGAUUGCGGCGUACACUUGGUGGCACCAGAUGAACCCGCAGUGCCUGACUUCGAUGGACCAGCUUGUGCAUAGUGUGGCCUGAGUUUGCCUGUCCCUGGUUGCUCUUGCGAUACCUGAAUCUUCAUCUGAACCUUCUCCGCCCUUGCCUCUGCUCGCGCUGCCCUUGGCGGGUGUCGGUGCACCGCUCUGCAUUCUUGAUGCGCUGUGCUUGGCUUUCAUGAGACUCGUACUCCGUAGAACACAGCUUUUCCAUAUUCUCCGUUACUCAAGGGAAUCAGGAGCGAGACCCUAUCGAAAGACACGGUGGUGGAUGUGGCGGAUGGGUUCGUGUGUAUUCGGAGAUCUGGAAGAAGGUGGUCCGGCCCACUUUUGUGAAAGCUGCAAACUGAAGCCACUU